GCUUAUCAGUGGCUUAUCUUAUCAGUCGCAGUGGAAGCCGAUGCCGAAUGCCCGAUUCCCGAUGCCCGCGACCAGCAGAAAUGAGAAUCGCUUUGGUUCUCCUGCUCUUGGGGAUCAUCUCCUCCAGUCGGGCCAUUAAUUGUCCUUGGCCCUGCCGUUGCACUUGGGUGGUGGACAGUCUAUAUGCGGACUGCUCGAGAAGGAGUCUCGAGACCUAUCCUGAUUUCGAUGGCAUUCCCGUGGAGCACUUGGAUCUGUCGGGCAACAAAUUCAUGGAGUUCCCUACCCAAUAUGCGGACAUAGACUCACUGCUCUACCUGGAUCUCUCCAACAACCACAUCGCGGGCCUUGGGAGUAAGACCCUGAUUGGGUUCACUUCCCUGAGAACUCUACUGUUGGCCAACAACUCGUUUGCUUCGUGGGAAGCCCUCAGUCCCAAUGAGGCCUUCAAAUACGCUCCUAGCCUUAAGCGUUUGGGUCUGGAUGGCAACACAUUGGGCACUUUUGGCACUGGCGAGAGCUUUGAGAUGCUCGGCAGUCAGUCGCUGACCGAACUGGACCUCUCCUCCUGUGGGAUUUCCAACCUCGGCGGCGACCAGUUGGUCAACCAGCUGCCAAGUCUGGAACGCCUCAAUCUGGCCAACAAUAAACUGGUUCAAAUGGCAGCCUUGCCCUCGCGAACCCUGAGGGCACUCGACCUGAGCAACUGCAGCAUUCGGGAUCUGCCAGGGUUCUUCCUCGAUGCCAUGCAAAAUCUGGAGGCCCUGAACCUAUCCCGCAACACGGAACUCCAGUUUGGCAGCCUCUCAGAUGAUCCCGUACUGAGCUACAUGUUGCGCCGCUUGGAUGUGUCCUACUGCAACCUGGAUGAUUUAGAAAUCAGUGGCUUGCCGCAGCUGUCGGAGCUGCGACUGCGGGGAAAUCUCCUGAGAGUGGUGGAUGCCAGUACCUUUGCCAACAACACCAUGCUGGAGGUGCUGGAUCUCUCCGAGAACGUGAUUCGGGUGAUUGGCCAAGAUGCCUUCGCCAGUCUGAAGCGUCUGAAAGUGCUGAACCUGGCCUUCAAUGAGAUAGCCCGUUUGGACAGGAAUGUCGUACGAAACAACGACGUGCUGGUGGACCUGAACCUCAGUCGGAAUGUGCUGCAGAAGCUGACCAAGAUUGUGUCCAAUUCGGUGCGCACCUUGAACAUGAGCUGGUGUGAAAUCGGCUCUAUUGAGAGCACAGCAUUGUCGAGUCUCUCGGCCAUUCAGAAGUUGGACUUAUCCAACAAUCUAAUCAGUGAUAUACCCACCUUUAUGAGAUCGGAAACGUUGCAGCAACUUAAUCUGGCCAACUGCAGGCUAAGUACUGUGCGCAACAACACCUUCAGGGAGUUCCCCGAGCUGGCGGAUCUCCAUUUGAAUGGCAAUCGACUGACGAGUCCCAUUCCCCCAAACUAUUUCGGGGGCAACAAGUACCUGGAUCAGUUGUGGCUGGGCGACAAUCCCUGGAUCUGCGACUGCCACAGUCCGCUCUUUGUGGAGUUCUACGACUAUUUAACAUCUAAACCAGCUAAGAUAAAAGAUGGAAACCACUUGCGUUGUGCUGCUCCUGCCAUUUUCUAUGGCAAACUUUGGGAGUUUGCCUGUGCGGAUGUGUGGAUUGUGAAUGCCAGGAGCAGUAGUACUGGCGAGAAGGCCUGGUCGGUUAUAAUGAUCACCCUUUUGGGACUGGGUGCUCUGGUCCUGGGAUACGCCUGUCUGCAGAAGUUCCUGAGGAAGCGAAAAAUCCGCGACAGUGAAAGGGAGUUCGAGGAGCACGAGGAUGAACUGCGUCGCAUUCGCAAUCUCAACGACCGCAUCCUGCUGGAGGACGCCACUCCUAGUGUGCAGCACGCCCAGGAGAUCAGUCUGCUGCCCUCCUACGAAGAUGCCCUGCGAAUGCCCAAGUUGGUCAGGCCGGUGAAGUCGAUGAUGGAUCUCUCGGGGCCCGAAAGAGCCCGCAACUCCCGGAAACUCAGGCGAUCACAGACCCAUGCCGAGGGCGAUGGCUCCCAGUCGGAGGCGGAGGAGGGACUGCAGCUGGACAGCCGGCAGCGGUUCCGCAGCGUGGAGAUGCUCUCGAACCGGGACAAGGAGAGGACCGCCCAGUAUGGACCCUACCGGCGAACCGGGUACAUGGAGUACAAUCAGUCGGGCAGCCGUCGCUUCAGCAUCGAGGACUCCCGCUUUCCGGCGGCCCACUUGAAGACCCAGAACCUGCAGAGUGCCGAGCAGAUUGGCAACUUCCAGAGCUACGAGAACAGUCCCUACACGAAGCGCAAGCCGAAGAUCGCCGAGAUACCGCCCUUCAAGCGGGUGAAUGUGAUGGCCGACAGCGUGGAGUUCCUCACCGAUCCGGAGUACGAGGAUGUGGCCCUCAAGCACCGCAGUCCGUUUGCCAAGAGGAAGCCGAAGCCACCGCUGCCCCCUCGUCUGAAGGUCAGUGCCCAGGUGUACACGCUGCAACAGAGUCCGGUCCUGGAACUGGAUCCCGCCAUCGAGGACUACUUCAGCGCGGCCAAGAAGCAGCCCUCCUCGUCCACCAUUGCCAGCGAUUUCCAGGAGCUGGACGAGCCGGAGCUGAAGUCCCUGCCGGAUGACAACCGGUCGAGUGUCUCGCGAUCGGACGCAGAGCACGACUUGGAGCGGGGAAAGCGCAAGAAGCGGAAGAACUCGGCGAGUCGGCGGGUCAGCGGUGGCUUCACGGCGGCCAACGCCGGCGAAAGUUCCUCCAGCGACUCCGAACAACAUGCUUUGGUGCACAAGCCCAUGCGAGAGACUCUAUUUUAGGCCCACACAGCACACACACACUUAUUGUUAGUCAUACCCGACCUGUUAGCAUAUCCAUAAGACUAUUUAAACGCACAACCAAAUAUACUGACAUUUCUGAAAGUU